CCCCCUCCUCCCCCCACCACCCCUAUCUAUCAGCCCUUCAAGAAGCAUUUCCCUUGGUUAGUCCCCCUUUUUGUAGUCGCCAAUAUUGUUCUCUUCGCGAUCGCUAUGUAUAUCAAUGAUUGUCCUCGAAAUUCCCACAAUUGUUUGGCUGCUGACAUUCUAGGCCGAUUCGCUUUUCAGAACCUUAAGGAAAAUCCCCUCCUUGGACCCUCUGGCUCAACCCUACAGCUUAUGGGGGCUUUGGAAGUGAAGAAAGUAGUUGAAAAUCACGAGGUAUGGCGCCUGAUCAGUUGUACAUGGUUACAUGCAGGACUCUUCCAUGUUCUCGCCAAUAUGUUGAGUCUGGUAUUUGUUGGCAUUCGACUUGAGCAGGAGUUUGGGUUUGUGCGGAUCGGUUUACUGUACGUUAUAUCUGGAAUAGGCGGGAGCUUGUCGUCAUCUUUGUUCAUCCGGACAACAAUUUCCGUUGGUGCCUCUGGUGCACUAUUUGGUUUACUUGGAGGCAUGCUUUCAGAACUCCUUACAAAUUGGACGAUAUAUGCCAAUAAAUUCGCAGCGCUAUUGACUCUCAUUCUCAUCAUUGCAAUUAAUUUAGCAGUAGGAAUCUUGCCACAUGUGGACAACUAUGCACAUAUUGGAGGAUUUAUUACCGGAUUUCUCCUUGGGUUUGUGGUUUUGAUUCGACCACAGUAUGCAUGGGUGAGGCAAAGACAUACUCCUCCUCGUUACCAUGGGAACUCAUCUAAACCUAAAUACAAGAUGUAUCAGUUUGUAUUGCUCGUUCUCUCUCUCAUAAUUCUUACUGCCAGCUUUACUAUUGGCAUGGUUUUACUCCUCCGAGGGGUUGAUGGGAAUCAAUACUGUUCUUGGUGUCAUUAUAUGAGCUGUGUCCCUACCUCUUUAUGGAAAUGCAAACCAGACGAAGUCUAUUGCGAGUCCACCAUGGUUGGAAACCAGCUGAGCUUGAAAUGCCUAAGCAAUGGGAAAAGCAAGGUUUACAUGUUGGAGGGCAAUAGCAGCCAUUCCAAUUUGGAACAGCUGUGCUCCCAACUUUGCAGUUGAGAUGUACACACGGAACAUACGAGGAGAUCACUGAAGAUAGUUUGAGCCGUGCCAUCGAACAAUGUAGUGUGUCCAUCUCCAGAGAGUACAAGAAUUCUUAUUAUCAUUAUUAUACAAUAUUCUCUUUCAAUUAGUUGGGCGUGAAGUUUCUUGGUUGAAUCUGCAGAUUGAAUUGGGGCGUUUGAU